GCUCUGCGGGGAGGCGGCUGCCCGAGCGGGGCCGCCCCCGCGCCUCUCCCGCCGCCCCGCGCCGCCUGGACCACUGGGAAGAUGGAUGGGCACGUCCUGGGAUGGAUCGUCCUCCUGUGGCUCGCAGCUGAGGUGGAAGGGUUGCAGGUCACUGUGCCUGAGAAGAAGAAGGUGGCCAUGUUAUUUCAGCCUGCUCUGCUUCGCUGCCAUUUCUCUACUUCUUCCACCCAACCAGCUGUGGUACAGUGGAGGUACAAAUCCUACUGCCAGGACCGGAUGGGAGAAGCUCUGGGCAUGGUGACUUCUGGUUUGCAAACAAUGAGCAAGAGGAACCUGGACUGGGAUCCCUACCUGGACUGUGUGGACAGCAGGAGGACAGUCCGUGUCGUGGCCUCCAAACAGGGAUCUGCCGUCACCAUAGGAGACUUCUACAAGGAAAGAGAUGUCAGCAUUGUCCAUGAUGCAGACCUGCAGAUUGGGAAGUUGAUGUGGGGAGACAGUGGCCUCUAUUACUGCCUUAUUAUCACACCAGAUGAUGUGGAGGGCAAGAAUGAAGAAUCAGUGGAGCUGCUUGUGCUUGGCAGGACAGGGCUGCUUGCUGAUCUCUUGCCCAGUUUUGCUGUGGAGAUUAUGCCAGAGUGGGUCUUUGUGGGCCUGGUGAUCCUGGGGGCGUUCCUGUUCUUCCUCCUGGUGGGGAUCUGCUGGUGCCAGUGCUGCCCGCACAGCUGCUGCUGUUACGUCCGCUGCCCCUGCUGUCCUGAGUCCUGCUGCUGUCCCCGGGCGCUGUAUGUAGCAGGCAAAGCAGCAAAAGCUGGGUACCCUCCUGCAGUCUCCACCAUGCCAGGUCCAUACUACAUCCCCAGUGUUCCUGUAGCUGGUGUCCCAUCUCCUGCUGUGCUGAGGGAUAAGUCACACCCCCCUCCCUUAGCCCCAAGCGAGGCCAGCGGAGGAAGCCAAAAUGCAGUGCGCAAAGGGUACAGGAUCCAGACUGACAAGGACAGGGACUCCAUGAAGGUGCUGUACUAUGUCGAGAAAGAAUUGGCUCAGUUUGACCCGGCUAGGAGGAUGCGAGAACGAUAUAACAACACAGUCUCUGAGCUGAGCUCGCUGCACGAGGAGGACCUGAACUUCCGCCAGCCCUACCGGCAGGCGCGGAGGAAACCUCUGCCCCCCGCGGGGGACAUGGACGGCGACGCCGAGUACUGGGCAGGAGUCGUGGGCGGGGGCAGCACCUCCAGAUCACAGGCUGUGUCUGAUUACAGGGACGAGCGGGACAGCUACUGGCACAGCCAGCAGAGAUCCAAGUCGGAGAUGCUGUCCCGUAAGAGUUUCUCCGUGGGAGUGCCGGCCGUGUCUAUGGACGAGCUGGCGGCCUUUGCCGAGUCCUACAGCCAGCGGCCGCGGCGGGCGGACAGCCAGGAGAUGCGGCGCUUCGAGCGCUCCGAGUCGCACGGCGGGCGCGGCGGGGGGCUGCCCCACCAGGACAGCUCCAUGGAGGAAUACUACACCAAGCGCUGCCGGGGCAAUCGGGAGCCGCCGACGGACUCGGAUCGGGGCUGGUCCUACAGCCCGCCCCGGAGACGGGCCCACGAGGAGAAGCACCUUCCCAGGCUGGUGAGCCGGACGCCCGGAGGGAGCCAGAAAUACGAUCACUCCUACCUCAGCAGCGUCUUGGAGAGGAAAUCCCGGAGCUACGACGAGAGCGGCGACCAUUGCGCCACCCCCUCGAAGCUGAGCUCGCAGCCCAGCCAGAGGGGAGGGAGCACGUACUACGCCUGGUCGCCGCCCUCCACCUACAAAGCCGAGAAGUCGCAGCCGCCGCCGCAGCAGUCGUCGUCCCCCGAGCAGGACGAGGAGGAGGAGGAGGACAGCCUGCCUCCCUACAGCGAGAGGGAGCUGAGCCGAGGCCCUUCCUACAGGGCCAGGGAACAGGCCUACCUCAAUGCCUCUGACAAGAAGAGGAAAAAGGACCCCAAGAAAACAGUGAGGCCAUGUCUGGUGGUCCUGGUCCAAAUAGGCUGAGCGGAGAGCCACCAGGCAGGGGUUACUAACCAGAGUCGACGGGCAAGGGGGUUUUCCGGGACGGUAGCACCUGGAGUCUGGGUGUCACUCCCUGUGGGAAGCGGGCAAGGAACUGUGGGGGUAGGAAGCCAGAAGGGAUAAUACAACAGCUCCUACACAGGAGUCCGUGAUGGAGGGGAAAGCCAGAUGUGCCUGGGACUGGGGACGUGAGGGAUGUCUUUGGCAUCUGUGGCCUGGUAAUCCAAGGUGGUGGGAGUUUAUCUAGAGUUCAGGAGGAUCAUUGUAGGGAAGUUACCCAGGCCUUACAAAAAUUAUAGGGCUUUGCUUUGGCUUUGAUCCUUAAGGAUCAAAGGGUUAAAGAAGGGUUGUGAGGCUCUUGUUCUUCUGGACUGGACAGGGCUGGUAGGAGGGGAUGAUGUAAGAGAUGUCUUUCUGAAAGGGGUGAGAUCACAGACUCCCGUGGAUGUGUGGGCCCAUGGGCUUCGUGGGGGCCAUUCAUGCCAAAAGCAAUCCUCACCCAGGAUACCAGCAAGUGCAAAACAUCCUGCCACGGUCCAAGCUGGUCAGGACUGAUGAGUGCAUGGUUGUUCAUGGGGAUCUUCCCCAUCUAACCCAGCUGGGGAAGUCUGCACCGUGAGGGAGACCUUAUCAUUAGAGUCUGUAGGAGAGAAUAUUGGAUUGUGAGUGGACAAAGCUGUUGCUGUUUAGUUGUGUCUCUGUCAAAGUGUUGUCUGUCCCUUUGUCUGUUCCAAUGAGAGCUUUCCUGUUGACAUUUAGUCUUCUCUCUUUCCUCUCAGAAUGAUUUUCCAACAAGGAUGUCCCUUGUGGUUUGAAGUUGUUGUGGACCUGUCAUGUUGAUGGGCUGGAUAUCAUGACGUGACUGCAGUGGAGAAGAUGCAGAGCAACAAGCAAGGCAUGUCUCUGUGAACCACCUUUGCAGCCAUCAGCCAUGGACUAUUUCACCUUUUUGUUUCAUCCAGGGGAGCUGAGGCUUCUGUAAAAGACAGGUCCCCACGGACGGCACUUGAUCUCAGAGGCUCUGGGAGUCUGCCAGGAAAAUGAGGCUAGGGCUCUCUUUGGCACCCUGUUUUCCAGUGCCCUCCACUCUGCACUGGAUGGCAGCCACGUCCCUGCUGCCCCUGCAGCCCUGAACUACGAGUGAGGCUGCCUUUGUGCCUCUUGCCCUGUCCCAUGUGCAGAGGGAGGCGUGCGUACCUCUUGCUCUUUCUGUCUCCUCAGUUCUCUUGAUCAAAAUUGUCUCUGUACUUAAAGCCUAUCUGUACCACCCCCAUGCUGGGAGGAGGCCUUAUCCUUACACCUGCAGACUGCCUCCAGCUGAUCAGGCCCUAAACCACGAGAGAAAACCCACAUCCUUUCAGACACUGUAAGGAAAUGACUGAUGACAUGUUACCUUGAUAAGGGCUGAAUGGGGAAAGUGACUAUUACGGUUUGUUUAAUAUAUUUAGUUCUGUUCGUUGUGUGAUGAGAGUUGCAGGUGAGAUUGAUGUAUUGUUUUGAAAGUGGGUCAAAGUAGCUUUUAUUGUGAUGAGAGCAUGAUUUGUUUCCCCCCUGCCCCCAACUGUGUUGUUUUCAUGCUGUUGCAAUUUCCUUGCAGCUCAACUGUGACCUUGUAGAGUUUCAAGCUGGAGUACCUACUCCACGGUUUUAAAAGCAGUGCUCUAGCCUUCCUAGUGCUCUGCUUCCAGCACCACCAGACACCUCUGCCACUCUAAUGAGUGGCCCUUUUGUUUCAAGGAAGCAAAAAGGGGACAGUCUCAGUGAGAGGGCAGCUGCAGACCUUCAUCCUGUGCCACUGGUAUCACUCCUGUCUGGGAAUAGUUUCCCAGAAGAAACUACUACUGAAGAGAGCGGUAACAUCAGUGGGAAAAGAAUAAGCACUGUGGAUGGGUACAAGCUUUGCAAGUCACCCUUUUCACUUAAAGCCAUUCCAUUCACUUUGGCUGGGAUGUGGUUGGUUUUAGUGGCUGUUGUCUCAGGAAUAGCUUUAUUUAGAAGUGAGAGCUUCACACCAUUUGGAAGCCUGACAUUCUGGUUUUCCUAGGGUAUUAUGCAGUCAUUUAUUUAGCUGCUAAAAUCAUCAUGUGAGGGAAGAUGAUGGGAACAUUUUAAGGUCCAGUAUCUUGAUCCCUUUUACACCUAGAAACAACUUAGUGUCUUGUUGUGUUAUGGACAUUAUCGGCCUCUGAAACAUCUUUGUUGUUCCUCUGCGAAUUUGGGAGGCUGUCUGGCCCCAGAUGCUCAUACUGGCACUACUGUUUGGAACACAAGGUAUGUUAACAUCACUGCAGUUCUCCAUAAAAAUGAAAGAUUAAUUUCUGUAUUACUCCUUUGCCGAUAGUUCACCCACCAGGAAUGGUCAGGGGAGAGGAAAAAUAAUCUCCAUAGAUUUGAUGCCAGUUUUCCUGUGAGAAGGUGAAUUGAUGAAAAGAUGACAUUCUUCUCCCACACUCCUCUAGUAGUGACUGUAGUUUUGGAAAUCCCAGUCCUGGGUCUUCCUGGCCAGAGAGGGAUUAGCCAGCAGGAACAUGCAGUUGUGGAAUAGCAGAAUUGUUUGUGCAGGAGGUAGCCUUUAAAAAUGUCAAGAUUUAAAGUUUCAACCUUCUGCCAUGGGAAGGGACAUCUUCCACAUAUGAGGUUGCUCAGAGACCCAUCCAACUGGACCUUGAGCACUUCCAGAGAUGGGACAUCUGCAGCUUCUCUGGGCAAUCUGUUCCAGUGUCUCAUCACCCUCACAGUAAAGAAUUUCUUCCUUUUAUCUAAUCUAAAAUUACCCUCUUUUACAUGAAAAUCAAUGCCCUGAUAAAAAGUCCAUCUCCAGCUUUCUUGUAGGUCCCUUUAGGCACUGGAAGGCUCUAAGGUCUCCACAGAACUUUCUCUUCUCCAGGCUUAACAGCCCAAACUCUCCCAGCCUGUCUUUAUGAAAGAGGUGUUCCAGCCCCUCUGACCAUUUUUGUCUCCCUCCUCUGGACCUGCUCUAACAGGUCCAUGUCUUUGUGUGGAUGCCCCUAGAUUUGAACACAGUACUCUGUGUGGGGUCUCAAGAGAAUGGAAGAGAGGGAAAUUCCACUCCUUGGCCUGCUGGUCGCUCACCUGAUACAGCCCAGGACAUGGUUGGCUUUCUGGGCUGCGAGAGCACGUGGCUGGCUCGUGUCCAAUCCUCAUCCACCACUUUAAAAAUCAUAGAAUCGUAGAAUGGUUUGGAAGAAACCUUAAGGACCAUCUAGUUCCCCAGGUCCUUCUCAGUCUCGCAGUGCAUCCUUCCCCCAGUGUGUAUCAAUACCAGGGGUUGCCCUGACUCAGGAGUAGCGCCCCGCACUUGGCUGUGUUGAACUUCACGAGGUUCCCGUGGGCCCACUCCUCAAGCCUGCCCCAGGGUCACUGUGGAUGGCGUCCCUCGCCUCCAGUGACUCCAUGGCAUCAUCCAGCUUGGUGUCACCCACCAAGGCUGCCGAGAGGACACUCAGUCCCACUGUCUGUGCCAUGAAUGGAGGUGGAACAGUGUCAGCCUUGGUGCAGGCCCUGGAGGGACACCACUUGUUACUGAUACCCUUUUGGACACUGAGCCAUUGACUGAUGGUCUGGGUGUGGCCGGCCAGCCAAUUCCUUGUCCAUCAAGUAGUCCAUCCAUCAAACCCAUCUCUCUCCAGUUUAGAAACUAAAUGUUGUGUGGGACUGUGCCAGAGGCCAGAAGUCAAGGUGCAUGACACCAGAGGGAUUUUCUUUAUCCACCAGUGCAGUCACUCUGUCAUAGAAGGUCUCCAAGUAAGCAGGCGUGAUUUGUCCUUCAUGAAGCUAUGCCAGCUGUCUUUAAUCACUUCUCUCCCAUCCAUAUGUCUUGAGAUGGCUUCCAGGAGGAUCACAGAGGUGAGGCUGAUUGGUUGAAAGUUCCCAGGACCGUGUUCUUUUUAUCCCUUUAAAACGAGUCUGAUAUUUCCCUUUUACGAGUCACUGGGGACCUGACUGCCUGAAUGCAGUGACUUUUCAAACACGGAGAACAACUUAGCAACUGCAUUUACCUUCUACCUGUAUUAUGGCUGGUGAGACCAACAUUUUAAGUGUUUUCAUUUUUUUUUUUUUUACCAUUAAUUGUGUGUUCUUAGGAAAACCACAGCACAGUUAGCAGGAGGUGGGCAGGUGGCUGCUUUCUGAGGUCUCUGAGGCCUGGAGAAAUCUAGAGAGCUACACUACAUGCUGUUUUAAAACAUUUCAUUCCUGACAUAUGAGGAUUCUAGCAAGUUGAUGUUUUGUUAGUCUGAAAACUUUGGCAACCCCUGUGCCAUGAAUUUCAAGGGCGCUUAGCCUGCUAUAGUUUCCAUCCGACCCAGGAAACAGGUGACGUAGAAAUUUGAAAGUGCAUCUGGCUAUGCCAGAAAGGGGCCAAACCAGUGCUUUUACAGUCUCUGAAUACCUCUAUCAUUUAAAUCAUACUGAAAGCCUGAGCAUUACAAUCUCCUCAUUUCAGUUAUGUUCUGUCCCUUAUCUCAGUCACUGUAGUUUAUUUGAUCAAGCCCUCAGGAAUGAGUUGUGUGUAUUAAAAACACAAGUCUUC